AGACCACAGACAUAGGCGUAAAACAAUAUUCUAAUAGAAAUAAAUCCAUCCUUGCUUAUUUGGUAGGUGACAAAAAGCACAAACAUAAGAGUGGGCUUUUUUUUUUUAAAGGAGAAAGAUCGCCCCAUUCCCAAAACUUAGGGAAAGGAGAGCAGGGGCUUGACAUCUUGGAGAUUUUCCAGGUUCCUGGGAGGAAGGGAGAAAGGAGGGAAAGAGAGAAGAAAUAGCCACUAUUUUUUAUGUUGUAUAUGGGUAUAUUUCUCUCAUAUCUUAAAGAAAAGUUUUAUGGGGGAAGAAAGAUUCAUGGCGUAGCUUAUAUAAGAAUACACUUGUGGAAUGGCACACGUUGCAGGGAGGAGGUCUGGUUUCCUUCAGUUCUGACAGUGAUCUGGUGUCUGACUUUUUCAGGGAAUCCAAUCAAUAAGAUUGAGGACUGGCUGCAGGACUGUGGAUACUCUGAAGAAGGACUUUCAGAGGAAUCAGGACAGUCGAUCUACAAUGAGUGCUCCAGCCAUGGGGCCAGCUUUGAAGACGACUUGACCCUCGGAGCAGAGGCUACACUGUUGGCCGCCAAUGGCAAACUCUUCUCCAGGAGUUUCCUCGACACAGGCAGGCCUUGCCAGCUACUUGAUCUUGGCUGUAGUUUGGCUUCCAGCAGCAUGACUGGGGGAACCAACAAGACUAGUUCGAGCAUCUCAGAGAUUCUGGACAAGGUACAAGAAGACGCAGAAGAUGUCCUCUUCAGUCUGGGCUUUGGCCAAGAAGACCUCAAAGACACUUCCCGGAUCCCUGCCCGAUUCUUCACCACUCCCUCUCAGGCCAAGGGCAUUGACUUUCAGCUCUUCCUGAAGGCUCAGGUGCGGAGGAUCGAGAUGGAGGACCCCUGCCUCAUGCUGGCCAGCAGGUUUAAGCAGGUACAGACACUGGCUGUCACUGCUGAUGCCUUCUUCUGUCUCUACUCCUAUGUGUCUAAGACACCUGUCCAAAAGUUCACACCAUCCCACAUGUUCUGGAAUUACAACCCAACUGAUGUGCCAUCCAUCAGGAUUCUGGCCCCAGAGCCUGAACCCCACUCACCCAGAGAGCGUCUCCGGAAAGCCAUCUCCAAGAUGUGCCUGUACACAUGCCCCCGAAGUCGGCUAUCACCACCCUACAACACUCCCAAAAGGAACAGUUUGGACCAAGUGGUGUGGGAAGUAAUGGACAGAGUGAGAGGUGAAAAGCUCAUCCUCCAGCAAGACUCUGAGUUUGAGCAAAGCCAACAGGAAGAUCCUAUGCUCCCUAUUGGGGGUACAAAUCUGCCCACUUCUCCCUGUCCAUGUUUCCUCUGCUCUAAAGAGGAAACACAGCAGGGGAUGUCCACAGUGCUACCAUCAUCACAAACUCCGAAUUCUAAUUCCAAGAUACCCCAUUACAUACAUUCUCUGCCCAGAGCAGAUCCACAGUGGAGCACAGGCUCUGCACAGGUAAGAAGAGAGCUGUGGAGUCUACAGGCCACCAAUAAGGAAGCCCAUUCAGCCAAGGAUGAGACUUUCUGGAAAAGAAAGAGCAGAGCAAGAAAGAGCCUGUUUCAGAAGAAUCCCAUGGGCAGGAAGGUUAAGUCAUUGGACCUGUCCAUCAUCCAGCAGAAGUGGAAGCAGAGCAUAGACAGACCAGAACUGCAUCGAUCUUUAACCCAGCAGCUGCAGGACACUGUUGACUUGGAGGAGGUGCAAAGCAACAGUGAAGAGGAGCAGAGCAUCUGGCCCAGCAGACCCAGACACCCCUAUUGCUACCAGUCAUUUGCUAGCCAAGAUUCAUGAAGCUUUCUCAGCCACCACAACAGCUCUGACAGCAGCAGAUUUAUUGAAGAGCCUAAUUCCCACCUCUUCUUGCAGGAAGUUGCACUGCCCUCAACAUCCAGCCCCUGCUCCUUUGCCCUCCAAACCCCUGAACUCAGUAAGAGAAAGGUAGCAUGGUGCAUGGGAAAGAAGACCAGACUGAGACACUUGAAGUCCACGUCUUGAAGCUGUCACAAACUGCAUGCAUGGAGAAAGGCCUUAGGCACGUCACUACAUUUCUUGCACAUUGUUUUUUCUCUACGAUGUGAGU